UGUGGUUCCCAUAAGCGGGGGAGUGAGAGGUGCAUGAAAUGGAGAAAAAUGGCGGAUCAUGUGCAGGGCCUCGCCCAGCUGGAGAUCCUGUGUAAGCAGCUGUACGAGACCACCGACACCGCCGUGCGCCACCAGGCCGAGAAAGCUCUGGUGGAGUUCACCAACAGCCCCGACUGCCUCAGCAAGUGUCAGCUGCUGCUGGAGAGAGGCAGCUCUUCGUACUCACAGCUGCUUGCCGCCACAUGUUUAUCUAAGCUGGUGUCUCGAACCAGCAACCCUCUGCCUCUGGAGCAACGCAUUGACAUCCGGAACUAUGUCCUGAACUACCUGGCCACGCGGCCCAAGCUGGCGGCCUUCGUGACGCAGGCCCUGAUCCAGCUGUACGCCCGGAUCACCAAGCUGGGCUGGUUCGACUGUCAGAAGGACGACUACGUGUUCCGGAACGUCAUCGCCGACGUGACGCGCUUCCUGCAGCAGGACAGCGUGGAGCACUGCAUCAUCGGCGUCACCAUCCUGUCUCAGCUGACCAAUGAGAUCAACCAGGCUGACACAACACACCCGCUGACCAAACACAGGAAGAUUGCGUCGUCCUUCAGAGACUCGUCCCUCUUUGACAUCUUCACUCUGUCCUGCAACCUGCUCAAACAGGCUUCGGGGAAGAACCUGAACCUGAACGAUGAGUCUCAGCACGGCCUCCUGAUGCAGCUGCUGAAGCUCAGCUACAACUGUCUGAACUACGACUUCAUCGGGACGUCGACGGACGAGUCGUCAGACGACCUGUGCACCGUGCAGAUCCCCACCUCCUGGAGAUCAGCGUUUCUUGAUUCCUCGACUCUGCAGCUGUUUUUCAAUCUUUAUCAUUCCAUCCCUCCAUCCCUCUCCCCACUGGUCCUGUCGUGUCUAGUCCAGAUCGCCUCGGUCAGACGGUCGCUGUUCAACAACGCAGAGCGAGCAAAGUUCCUCUCACAUCUGGUGGACGGAGUGAAGAGGAUAUUAGCCAAUCCACAGUGUUUACCGGAUCCUAAUAACUACCACGAGUUCUGCCGCCUGCUGGCGCGGCUGAAGAGUAACUACCAGCUGGGGGAGCUGGUCAAGGUGGAGAACUAUCCCGAGGUCAUUCGACUCAUCGCCAACUUCACCGUCACCAGUCUGCAGCACUGGGAGUUUGCCCCCAACAGUGUUCACUACCUGCUGAGUCUGUGGCAGCGCCUGGCGGCGUCGGUCCCGUACGUGAAGGCCACCGAGCCCCACCUGCUGGAGACCUACACCCCCGAGGUCACCAAGGCCUACAUCACGUCCCGGCUGGAGUCCGUCCACGUCAUCCUCAGAGACGGGCUGGAGGACCCCCUGGACGACGCCGGCCUGGUGCAGCAGCAGCUGGACCAGCUGUCCACCAUCGGCCGCUGCGAGUACGAGAAGACGUGCGCUCUGCUGGUGCAGCUGUUCGACCAGGCGGCGCAGACGUACCAGGAGCUGCUGCAGUCCACCAACUCCAGCGCCGUGGACAUCACGGUGCAGGAGGGACGGCUCACCUGGCUGGUCUACAUCAUCGGGGCGGUGAUCGGAGGACGCGUGUCCUUCGCCAGCACGGACGAGCAGGACGCCAUGGACGGAGAGCUGGUCUGUCGGGUUCUGCAGCUCAUGAACCUGACCGACUCGCGGCUCGCCCAGGCGGGGAACGAGCGGCUGGAACUCGCCAUGCUGAGCUUCUUCGAGCAGUUCAGGAAGAUCUACAUCGGAGACCAGGUGCAGAAAUCCUCCAAGCUUUACCGACGACUAUCAGAAGUUCUGGGUCUGAACGACGAGACGAUGGUACUCAGCGUGUUUAUCGGGAAAAUCAUCACAAACUUGAAGUACUGGGGUCAGUGUGAACCCAUCACCUCCAAGACCCUGCAGCUGCUCAACGACCUGUCCCUGGGGUACAGCAGUGUGAGGAAGCUGGUGAAGCUCAGCGCGGUGCAGUUCAUGUUGAACAACCACACAAGCGAACAUUUCUCCUUCCUGGGUGUGAACAAUCAGUCCAACCUCAGCGACAUGAGGUGUCGCACCACCUUCUACACUGCACUGGGGCGCCUCCUGAUGGUCGACUUAGGUGAGGACGAGGAUCAGUUCGAACAGUUCAUGUUGCCUCUGACGGCCGCGUUUGAAGCCGUCGCUCAGAUGUUGAGCACCAAUACCUUCAACGAGCAGGAAGCUAAGAGGACUCUGGUGGGUUUGGUCCGGGACCUCCGAGGAAUCGCCUUCGCCUUCAACGCCAAGACCAGCUUCAUGAUGCUGUUUGACUGGAUAUACCCGGCCUACAUGCCCAUCCUGCAGAGAGCCAUCGAGCUGUGGUACCACGACCCAGCAUGCACCACUCCGGUCCUCAAGCUGAUGGCUGAGCUGGUUCACAACAGGUCUCAGCGGCUUCAGUUCGACGUGUCGUCACCAAACGGCAUCCUGCUGUUCAGAGAAACCAGCAAGAUGAUCACCACCUACGGGAACCGCAUCCUGACCCUGGGCGAGGUGCCGAAGGACCAGGUGUACGGCGUGAAGCUGAAGGGCGUCAGCGUCUGCUUCGCCAUGCUGAAGGCGGUGCUCAGCGGCAACUACGUCAACUUCGGCGUCUUCCGUCUCUACGGCGACGACGCUCUGGACAACGCCCUGCAGACCUUCAUCAAGCUGCUGCUGUCCAUCCCCCACAGCGACCUGCUGGACUACCCGAAGCUCAGCCAGUCCUUCUACUCGCUGCUGGAGGUUCUGACUCAGGACCACAUGAACUUCAUCGCCAGCCUGGAGCCCCAUGUGGUCAUGUACAUCCUGUCGUCCAUCUCCGAGGGCCUCACCGCACUCGACACCAUGGUGUGCACGGGCUGCUGCUCCAGUCUGGACCACAUCGUCACCUACCUGUUCAAGCAGCUGUCCCGCUCCACCAAGAAGAGGCCCACGCCCAUGGCCACCGACGACCGCUUCCUGCACAUCAUGCAGCAGCACCCAGAGAUGAUCCAGCAGAUGCUCUCCACAGUGUUGAACAUCAUCAUCUUCGAGGACUGUAGGAACCAGUGGUCCAUGUCACGGCCGCUCCUCGGACUCAUCCUGCUCAACGAGAAGUACUUUGCUGACCUGAGGAACAGCAUCGUGAACAGCCAGCCUCCGGAGAAGCAGCAGGCCAUGCACUUAUGUUUUGAGAACCUGAUGGAAGGAAUCGAGAGGAACCUGCUGACCAAGAACCGGGACAGGUUCACCCAGAACCUGUCGGUCUUCAGGCGGGAGGUGAACGACAGCAUGAAGAAUUCCACGUACGGCGUCAACAGCAACGACAUGAUGAGCUGACAUUCCUCACACAGCCCGCCCCGCCUCCCCCCCCGGCCCCCGCACCCCCCCGCGCCCCCCCUGCCCCCCCCGGGCCCGGAUGCCCGGGGUUCACCACGUGGGCUCCGCCCCCCGCCGCCCCCUUUUUGAUAUAAGCAUAUAUAAAUAUAUACAGAUCUAUUUUAACGCCAGUCUGCGCGGUCCGGCUCGUCACAGCGGGGCGGGGCGGGGGGGGGGCAUGGGGGCGGGGCGCGGCGGGGAGCAGCCUGAACCCGGUGUACAUUUCUUUUGGUAACAUUUUGGACAAUGUUUCUAACGGCGGAGCUGAAGAGACUCGCAGGAGCGAAAAACAAACGGCGAGCCCGGGAGGGGGAGGGGCCACGGCCGGGAGGGGGCGGGGCCUCCACGGUGUACAUUUCCCUCUGCGCUUUGAAGUGAUGUAAAUAGAUUUAAAGGGACGGUACGCCUGAAGGACGGGACGUCAGACCAGGAACAGGAAGUCCAACACUACCACGCCUCGUGGUCCGCCGCCGCCGUCCGGUCCCGGGUCCGGGCCCGGGCUCCUGGUCCGGGCCCCGGCCCCAGGCUCCGGGCCCCGGCCCCGGUCCCGGGUCCGGGCCCCGGUCCCGGGCUCCAGGGUCCAGGGUCAGAACCACACUGAAGACCAGGACGAACAAACAGAACCGGGCCUGAUGUGAGGAUCUGUUCGGGUUUAGUCUCUGAACGAACUCCAGGACGAGGUCAUCGUCCUCCAAUCACAGCUUCAGGUCUGAAACAGAGUUCACCCCCGGCAGAAAGCAAAGAUCAGAAGAUCCAGUCUCUCCUCAGAUUUAAUAAAUCCUGACUUUAUUUGAGAAGUUAAAAUCUUUUAGGGCUGUUUUUAGGUUUCCAGCUGAAACUGGAUUCGGAUCAGUCCUGCUUCUGUUUCCGGUUUUCACCUUCCAGCCUGGAGAUCUGGACUCGGCGUCUUGUUGCUCAGUUAAACACUAAAAGUCCUUCAGGAGGGAUUCGACCUCCAGCAGAACCCGGAACCCUCGAGCCCCGACCGCGGAGCGCAGACCGGAUCCCCGCCUCUUCCAGGAGAACCAGCCUCUGAGGUUCCUCAGGAUCCGGUCCGGCUCAGAGGAUCCCAUCCUGCUCCCCUGUCCAUCCUCUGCUCACAGAAACAUUCAGGCUGGACUUUAGUGGGCCCUGACCCCGCCCCCUCUGCAAGCCCCGCCCACUUUGUCAUAGCCCCACCCCUUCCCUACAGAGUGCGCCUGGCUCCGCCCCUCCAUUCAGAGCUGCCUGCUGGGACUGGCCCCGCCCCUUCCCCUCGGGGCAGGACCUGGCCCCGCCCCUUUCCCUCAGAGCAGGGCCUGGCCCCGCCCCCUCCCCCUGUAAGCAUCGUGGUUGCGGCUACAUGUUCCCCUCUGGUAGGCUGGGUGCAGUUUCCACCAUCUUGUUUACACUCGAGACCCUGGGACCAGGCGUCGGGACGCCCCGCCCCCUCCACCCCAGCCCCGCCCCCUCCACCUCCUGCAGGACCCGUGGCGGAGUCCCCACUCCCCCCCCCCUUUUUUUUUUUUUUUUUUUUGAGUGUGUGUGUGCGUGUGUGUGCGUGUGCAGAGUGGUGUCUUGAUGUGGAGCUCCACCAGCCAAUCACAGCGAGGAGAGGCGGGCGGUGGGCGGAGCCUGGAGUGUGUACUUUUAGCAACCUUGGUUCCUCUGUCCGACGCCGCUGCUAACCGUUCGUGACACCCAGCUCAUCUCUCACCGUGUGGGCGUCGGGGACGCCCCGGUCCUGGUCCCGGUCCCGGUCCCGGUCCCGGUCCCGGUCCCGCGGUUCGAGUCCCGACGUGAAUGUGUUGGAUCCAUAGAGUGAAUAGCUGUUUGAGUUGUUUGGAUGUCUGCUACAUAUAGUGUAAGCAUUGUGACUGCAAAUAAACCUCAUUGAUUUUUAA